AUAUAUAUUUUAGCUAAUGAGUAAAAUUUUGAAUGAAUGUUAGUGGAUGGUUAAAUUGUGGGUGUGGAUAUUAAACGAUGUACAACAAUAUAAUCCCCUCUAUAUUUUAAUAAAUAUUACAUUUGGUAGGGGAUGAUUCGCAUAUCAGAGAAGUUGAAAUUUUAACAGGGCGGUUUAAGUCACUCCCACCUGCGGUUUUACUCAGGCGCGGUAACGAUAAUAUAAAAUACUCUAUUCACUUAUAUUCACAUACAAUUUUAUAACUUGCAUAAACACGUGGUAACUUGUUCUAGUUGCUUCUGUCUAUCGUGGUCACAACAACUACACCUUUCUGUUUUCUCGUUGUAUUUAUUUAAUUCAUCAUCUCAAGUUAAAUCUAUUGUUAUUCAUUUUUUUAAAUAAUUUUUUUUUAAGUGUCUCUUUUGUUUUAUUUGAAAUAUUAAAAAAAAAAAAAAAAUUAACUAAUUUAAACAAUGUUUAUUGUUAAUUUUUUUAUUGUGAUACAGAUAGAAUUUUAUUUUAAUAUGAUUGUGAAUAAAAUUUGUUGAACGAGGUGAUUUCGACGAUGCAUAGUUACUUGACAAUACCACGUGUUGGAUGUUCGAUAUUUUUGAAGAAAACGAAUUUUCCCCGAGUAAAGAAGGAAAUUUUAUUGAUGAUUUGUCAUUUUGUAACAUUGAUAAAAAUCCAACAACUGAUAAAAUCACAUUUAACAAUCAGCACAUUAACAACAACUUAAAAACAGAGCACAAUAUUAUAAAAAUUAACAAUGAAAUUAAUAAUAAUAAUAAUUUUAAUUUCGCUAAUAAAAAUAUAAAUAAUAAUAAAGAAAAAGAAAUGGUUGCACAAGACAUGGCCCAGAGCUAUGAUCAGCUCUUUCAUGCUGCUCAAGAACCUCCAGGAUAUAUAUCAUUGGAUGGACUCAGACAAAUUGUUCAUAAUGAGCCAGUUGAAUAUCAACAAAAUCACAAUAUUAUAACAUCAUCAAUUGACAAUACAAAUUUUUAUCUUGAUGAUCAUGAUAAUGAACAUCAAAAUCAACAACAACUACAACAGCAACUACAACAUCAACAACAACAACAACGUACUUACUAUAAUCUUGCUGCACUACCAAAUGAUAGAAUUGACAAUGUGAUAAUUCAAAGUGAUAAUACACUUGCAUCAUUAACCUGCACACCAGAAUCAUUGGUGUCAUCAUUUACAACUGCUGAAAAUGAUCAUAGUGUUAAUAAUGAUUUAACAAAUAUUGGAAAAAUUAGAGAUAUAUCAUCAUCAUCAAUUAUUGAAAAUAAUUCAAUGACAAUGUUUGUCAAUAGAAAUACAAAUAUAUUACAUAAAAAUAAUAUUAAUAAUAAUAAUCAUCAUCGUGGUAAUCAACAAAAUCGUCGUCAGUAUCAUCAUCGACAACAUCAUCGUAAUUAUCAGCGUGAAAAUUCAAAUAGUGAUAAUGUCAAUGAUCAUAUUGGAGUAUCAAACAAAAGAAAAAUAUCAAAUCGAGAAGACAUUGAGCUGAUGGAUGAUGGUACUGAUGAUAGUAAAUCAGUUCGUACAAGUACUGACAAUAAAAAACAAAAUCAUAGUGAAAUUGAAAAAAGAAGAAGAGACAAAAUGAAUACAUAUAUUACUGAAUUAUCAGGUUUAGUACCAAUGUGCUAUGCAAUGUCACGUAAAUUAGAUAAAUUAACUGUACUUAGAAUGGCUGUACAACAUAUGAAAACAAUGUUUGGCACAACACAUCCAUUAACUAAAGGACAAUAUAAACCAAAAUUUAUAAGUGAUCAAGAACUUAAAAGACUCAUACUUCAGGCUGCUGAGGGUUUUGUUUUUGUCAUUGGAUGUGAAGGUGGAGAAAUUAUUUAUGUCUCGGAAUCAGUAUCAAAAAUACUCAAUUAUUCACAGGAAGAUUUAUUGGGUCAAAGUAUGUUUGAUAUACUUCAUCCAAAAGAUGUUGAAAAAAUGAAGGAACAAUUUUCACGAUCAGAUUUAAAACCAAGAGAAAGACUUAUUGAUUCUAAAACAAUGCUUCCUGUUAAAACUGAUUUUCCUCAAGGAGUAUCUAAACUAUGUCCAGGUGCAAGAAGAUCAUUUUUUUGUCGUAUGAGAAGAAAAAUUGACACAAUGAGUAGUGAAUCACAAAUAAAAGAAGAAACUGAUUCAACAAUUGGUUGUAGUAAAAGAAAAAAACAACAAAAUUCUGAUUGGAAAUAUUGUGUUAUACAGUGUACUGGUUAUUUAAAAUCUUGGACACCAGAAAAAAUUGGUACAGAACAAGAACAUGAGAAUGAGGGUAUUGAUGGUGAAGCAAGUAAUUUAUCCUGUCUAGUUGCUGUCGGUAGAAUUCAAGCUGGAUUAUUAGCACUUUCGCUUGGUACAACGACCCCACGACAACCUACCAUUGAAUUUGUAUCAAGACAUGGAUUAGAUGGAAAAUUUAUAUUCAUUGAACAGAGAGCAACACUUGUACUUGGUUUUUUACCACAAGAAUUAAUUGGUGCUAGUAUGUAUGAGUAUUAUCAUGAAGACGAUAUAUUACAUCUUACUGAAUCACAUAAACGUGCUUUAGCAUCAACAGAACGUGUUAAAACAAAGGUUUAUAGAUUCAGAGCUAAAGAAGAAAAUUAUGUAAGGCUUCAAUCUGAAUGGAUGUCAUUUAGAAAUCCAUGGAGUAAAGAUAUUGAAUAUUUAGUUGCAAAAAAUUUAGCAAUUUUAAAUAAUGAUGAUGAUAAAUUAAUUGAAAAUUCUGUUGUUAAACAAAGAUGUGAAAGCUCUAGUGUUCAAGGAAAUUAUGAUUAUUUUGCUCAAAAUAAUGUUGGUCUCGAGAGAUUAAUAUCUAGUCAUGUAGAAGUCAGUAAAAUUGGAAAAAAAAUUUACGAUGAAUUUAUUAAUUGUCAAAAACGUCAAGAGGAUUCAUCAUCAAUUGACAAUACAAAUCCACCACUUGAAAAUAUUUGUACAUUAACAGCACCAUCAUCAACAUCAACAAUGAUAAUAUCAUCACCAUGCUUGACUCAAUAUCAAUCAGAAAUAUCAAGUGAAAAUAGUAGUAGUAAUCCAACAUCAAACUAUACCAGUCAUAUAAGUACUCAGUUGGAGGAUGACAUGAUGGGAAUAAUUAGUGGACCAGUGAUAAGUGAAUCAUCAAAUGCUUUACCAUCUGAAGGAAAUGAUGAAGCAACAAUGUCAAUGUUCAUGAAUCUUUUGGAAGCAGAUGCUGGUCUUGGUGGUCCUGCUGACUUUACUGGAUUACCAUGGCCACUUCCAUAAUUACUCUUAUAAAGUCAAAUUGUUUAUUAAUAUUUUAUCAUAAAAAAUUAACGAAAAAAUCUAGUACAAAGUCGUAUUUAUGUAUAUAAUAUAUUUAUAAGAAAAAAAAAACUAUUUGUUUAUCUUGUAUGUGCCAAUAAUUAAGUGAAAAAACAAUUUUUACUUUGAGCAUAAAGUAAUUAUUGUUUAAACAUUAAUAAAUGUUUAAUGGAAUUUUUUAAAUAUUCAGUACUCUAUUUUUUCGUUUGUUAUUUUUUAUUAUUAAAAAUAUCAUUGAUAUUAGUUUUAAAAAACGUCAAUUAAAUAAUUUUAAUUAUAUAUUUAUUAUAAUUUAAUUAUAUAAAAAUUUACAUUGUA